AUGGAAACAGCUGAAGGCAACAAUAAGGACAUCCUUUAUGAUGAACUCAUUGCGCCGGUUUCUAGAAUAUCGAGCCAAGAGGUGUUUGUUACCGAAAUCGACGCCAAUGCGAAGAUGAGACUUGACGAACAAUCCGGUGUACUAGGAAAAAGGACGAAAACUCUCAAACUGCAGCUCAACUACAUCCAAUCGAGGAACAUUCCACACUCGGGAGUUCAAAAAUCUAGAGGUGUUCGGUCCUAG